GAUUAUCUGAUGGCAUUGUCUCUACAACAAGAGCAGCAAAAUCAAGAUAUUAACUGGGAACAGAUCCCAGAAGGAAUCAGUGAUCUAGAGCUGGCAAAGAAGCUCCAGGAAGAGGAGGACAGGAGAGCUUCUCAGUAUUAUCAGGAACAAGAACAAGCAGCUGCUCAGGUCCAGCAGGUGCAAGGCGCUGCUUCUCCAGCAAGCGGAAGACAAUCUGGGAGUAAUGAACGCAAACGGAAAGAGCCUCGAGAGAAAGAGAGAGAAAAAGAGAAGAAUAGCUGUGUUCUCUUGUAACAGAAAAUUGAUUUAGUCUGGAGCCAAGUGCAUGUCCUCAGAAGCAAAAACAAGGAGUAAAAAGGAAGACAAACCCGUUACAUGCCGCCUGUGCCUGAUUACCCCAUGGAUUUUAUUCGUGUUUCACUAAAGGAUGGGUGACUUUGUUACAAUCAUACAGACUUUCCUCAAAGUCAGUGUGCGCAAGAUGGAAUUCCAAACCACAGUUGGACAUGGCUGUACUUUGAGUUAGUCAUAAGAAAUACUGCACCUUGUAGCUGAACACACAAAUCAUGGCAAGUUUUGUGUCAUAGUGACAUCCAUUACUCAUUACAUCAGUUAGUAAGCUAUUUUAUCUUCUACU